AUGCAAUAUCCUAGCAAAGAGCCUAUUGUUAUCGCGGUUACAAAGGAUCAAUUCCUUACCGUCGCAACGGCCCUCUUGGCCUUGACUGCCUUUGUCACCGCACAAGAGGUCGACAAGAGAUUGGUCGAUAUCUCUGAAACUGAAUUAGAGGUCAAGGAGAUCCAUGACAAAUCUGGUGUGGACACUUUUGUUGUCACUGUCCAGCGAACCGACGAUCUUUUGGCCGACGACGGCACUUUCCUUGCCGAGCGUAUCAUGGCCGUUGCUUUCAACUUCGAUGUUCAAAACCAUGAGGUUCUACUCAACAAUGUCCCUGUAUGCAUGGAGUCUCAGUAUAAACCUGAAGAACCCAUUACGGUUACUGUAGAGGUUGAGGCUGGUGUCAUCGUUGGCCCAGCCUUGGAUCCCGAGACCAAGGCUGAGGAUCUGAUGAAUGCCUUCGAUCGCGGUCUGGUGACCGUUCAAGUGACUGCCUCGACCGAAUAUGUUACUGCUGAUGAUGGAUCCAUUAUCCGUCGUGUUACUCUCCAGGAGAGAAUUGUUGAGGUGAACGGCCACGAGAUUACUCAGACUGACCUUGCUCAGCAGAUCAUUGAGAUCAUGCCUGAUGGUACUCUCGGCAACUACACUCCUAUUACCUUCGGCCGGAAACCCGCUGAAGGAAGCUUCGAGGAUGCCAUGGAGUCCAUCGAUGACUGGUUCCGCACGCUCGACUGGCUCGCAUUGACCUGCAUCGGUAUUAUUGCCAUGUCCUUUUUUGUUGUUUCAGCUACUACCCUUCGUCUGUUCCUUCGUCUGUUGAGUCUGAAGCGUCGUGCAGCACGUUAUGCCAAGAUCCAGCAAGAGGAGACUUCCGAAGACUAUGUCCAGGUUGCAAUUGUCGAUGACAAGGUGGAUGACGAAAAGAAGGCUUUAGCUAACUAAGCAUGUCUCGUCUGCUAAAAAAGAAAGCAAUGAUUUCUUCGUCUUUGUGCCACAUAGUUUUCUAUCACCCUCAUGUCCCUCCCGACCUUGCUUGGUCUGUGUGUAAAAAAAAAAAAUGAAAUAAAAAUAUUUAUAUCUGUACAAAU